AUGAUCAUCCUCUUCUUGAUUGUCGUGAGGAUUUUAGAAGCCUCCGGUGAGGAGUGCUACUACGAUGGGAAUGAUUUCUGCUUGAGUCCAGAUGACAUCCUAUCUUUCGAUCUUCUUCCUGGAACGUUUCUGUUGGAUGCGACUAAUAGAAACGAAAAAAUUGGAACUGAAGCGGCAGUGGAGAAUGUCACGGUGGAUGGAACGUACGAGGAGGCUCUCAAUAAAAUGGAGUAUCACAGGAAGAGAAUGAAUGAGUACCUGUGUCACGGUUUCAUCGCUGAAGAGAUAUUCCGCGAGGUGAAAUCGACGAGAGUAAAACGCCUCGAAGAUCCAUCGGCGAAUUCAAUGCCGGAUUUUAUCGGAGAGGAAAAUGUCACUGUUCACGAUAUGUUAUUAUCGGACGAGGGGAGUAGUAAAUACAAAGAAUGGCUCCAGAGAACGACUACUCUCGAUGAUGUUUAUCGUCACUACAUGCCGAAGAAGGUGCAUAAGAAAAUAUCGAAAAAAGGGAUUCCCCAUAAUUUUGAACAGUUCGAUGGUGAAGUCACGGGUUAUGCAAUGCCAGCUCCAAUGGCUCCUAUCGCUCCGGGUAAAAUCGGAUCCUUCUACGAUGAUGGCGAAGAGUUUAUAUCUUCACCAACUGGCCAUCACCAAUUCAGUCAACCCCCAACGGGCCAUCAAUACAGCCACCCGCCACCACCGCCGCCACCGUCCUAUCAUCACCCGUCCCACAGCGACCUAGUUCCAAUAAUUCAUGAAGAACAUUAUUACGAGGCAGACCAUGAAGACGACUCCUGGCACGAUGUCUCGUGGAAAGGAAAAGGAGAAUUGACGAUCACAGACUUCUUCGAAAUUGCACUCACUGCCCUGGCAUUCCUGGCUUUUGGAUUGUUCAUUAUUCAACUGCUCAUGUCCAUUACGAAUGCAGGAACAACAACAGCUACAGUCGUAGCUAAUGCAACAAUAAGACUCAAGCGAAAUGCGUUCUCCUCGAAAUUCGGGUAUAACAACAACGCGGAACUCAAUGAGCUUGCUCAUAGAGUACUCAGGUCGAUCGAGGCCGCUAUGGUGGCAGAACAUGACGCCGGACGGUGUUUGAGGUGGACAUUAUGUCGGGAUAAUCAGCAUUCGAGGAAUAUGAAUACAGCUCAGAAGGUGUGGCUGCCAGUUUGGAGUCUGGGAAUGAGUUGGUUGUGUGGCCGCAUGUUUCGCCAAGGCACCUGGCCUGUCAUGUUCGAUUCAAUCAAGGCCUCGAUUCUCGGUCUUGGCGGUGCAAACUGCGAUGACCUCUACCCCGGAUGUAAUCUCGCCGACGAACGGAGGAAAAGACGAAGACGUCGUAGAAAAUAAACAUCAUCCCACAUCUCAAG